GUCGGAACUCCCUCGGAACAGCAAUUUACCCAACCCCGUUUUAGUCCUUACUGGAUUUUUAUACCCGUACUCUUGUACGAAUUUCUCUUUCGCGUAUGGGAUACUGUUUUCUCAUUUGAAGAAGAACGUUUCCAGUGUGCGCACAGCAACAUAGCAAGCUAUUUUAAAUAUUUUCUAAUGUUAAUUUCGUGGUUAUCUGUAGCGUGUGUGUACAAAUGAUCAGUUCGUGGAGUUUACUUACGUCUAAAUGUAAAUUAUAAAUUAUCCUUGUAUUUUGUUGUGAAUUUAAGCAUUAGCUGUCAGGCAGUAUAGCUGCACUCUUGACCGUUCCGAGGUGUUGGAGGUAGGCUACUACAUCCUACCUACAACAAUACCGAUUUUUUCUUGCAUGUACUUUGAUUAAGCAGCGAAGACUAACAUCCAAAUUUAUUCAAAACUGUUCGAUAUAUUUGGCCCUAGAGGGUCCCAACAUUUCAGUUGAAACUUGCACCCAUAUGUCAGGGAAGUUAAGUCGUCGCUACAAUUUGCAAUAGGUACUGAAAUCUUCAUUUUUGUGCAGCCGGUAUGUUCGCCUUCGGAAUUGGCCUGCUUUACUUUUACGCGCUGAGUAGUGGAAGAGUCGUGCGCGGUCACGACAUGAAAGGCACCCGCUUCGUUUGCAGCGCGAUCCCUAAAAAUGUGGACCCCAGCUGCUCGGUUCCCCCGAAUCUAAUGCAGAGCACGAGCGCCCAGGAGGACGAGCUGAAGAGCACAGUCAUGCAGCUCCGCGAGAACGUCCUGCAGCAGAGAGAGACCAUCGUCACCCAACAGGGCACAAUAAAGGAAUUGACCUCCAAACUUUCCCGCUGCGAGGCUGCCGCUCUGGACCCGCUGCGGGACGGAAAAUACAAAAGCCAAGGGUCAUGGAGGCAGGACCACAGCAAAAACACCAUGGGGGACCUCCCUCGAGACCCGGGCGAGACCAUCGACCACCUCGGAAAGACAAUGCAGGGUCUUAAAGAUCGGCUGGAGAACUUGGAGCAGCAGACACGGACAAAUGCCUCUGGGUCGCGGAUGUCAAGCGAGCUCCGCGAUCUGCUGAAAAACCGCCUGGCUGAUUUGGAGAAGCAGCUGCUGAGCAAAGUGGCCGAGCUGGAGGAGGAGAAGUCUCAUCUUUACAACGAGACAGCUGCCCACCGCUCUCGGACCGAGAACACUCUCAACCAGCUGCUGGAGAGGAUCACUGAGCUGGAGAAAGGCAGCAGCAAGUUCAAAUCUCCGGAGGACUUCAAGGUGUCCCUCCUUCUGCGUACCAACUACCUGUAUGCGCGCAUCAAGAAGACCCUGCCGGAGAUGUACGCCUUCACCGUCUGCAUGUGGCUCAAGUCGAGUGCCAGCCCCGGCAUUGGCACCCCGUUCUCCUAUGGUGUCUCAGGACAGGCCAAUGAGAUUGUGCUGAUCGAGUGGGGGACCAAUCCCAUGGAGCUACUGGUCAACGACAAGGUGGCACAGCUGCCACUGUCAGUGGGCGACGGCCGCUGGCACCACAUCUGCAUCACCUGGACAACCAGGGACGGCUACUGGGAGGCGUACCAGGACGGAGAGAAGCUGGGAUCGGGCGAGAACCUGGCCCCCUGGCACCCAAUUAAACCUGGAGGAGUCAUUAUCCUGGGCCAGGAGCAGGACAUUGUAGGGGGCCGUUUUGACGCCACCCAGGCCUUCGUCGGCGAGCUGAGCCAGUUCAACAUGUGGGACCGCGUCCUGCGGCAGGCUGACAUCGAGGGCAUGGCCAACUGCUCAUCCUACAUGCCGGGCAACGUGGUGCCCUGGGUGGACAGCAACGUGGAGGUGUUCGGCGGUGCCACCAAGUGGGCACUGGAGAUGUGCGAGGACCGGCUUUUCGACUCUUAAGAGCGACAGGGUUGCAGGAAGGGGAGACGCCCCAAAACCUCGUUGCCACCACAGCAUCCCCCCCCCCCCCCCCACCUCCACCACAUAUCCACCCUUUUCCAUCUUCUUCCCGCUUCCCUACCAGCCCAAGUACAUCAUACCCGCCCAUCCCAGGCAUCAUCUUCUUAAAACCAGUUGCUGCAUCUUGCACCUGGUUUGAAAAAGGGUAUUCACUGUGUCUAGACUUAAAUAUGUACGUGUGUGCA